AAACAAUUGACGUUGCCAUUUGCUACUGUUGCCAAAACCAUGACUUCGUGAUGAAACGAAAUCUUUCAUUCAAUAUCUAUCAAUGAAUGUUCGUGUGAUUUUUCUACGAUUAACUUCCCGAAUCGAAGUUCAUUGUAAACAAUGUGUGAUAUCUACAUAGCGGUUGUGUGUUCUUCGAACAUGAACCGCAGUAUGGAGGCUCAUGCAUUCUUGGCGAAGAAAGGCUUCAAAGUAAAGUCUUAUGGAACAGGAGAAAAGGUUAAGUUACCAGGUGCUUCUGCGGAUCGACCGAAUUGUUAUGAGUUUGGUGUCCCGUAUGAUGAUAUUUACAAUGAUUUAUUGGAGAAGGACAAAGUAUACUAUACACAAAAUGGCAUUCUACAUAUGUUAGAUAGAAACAGAAGAAUCAAGCCAAGUCCAGAGAAGUUUCAAAUAUCUACUGAGAGAUUUGAUGUUAUAAUUACAUGUGAAGAAAGGGUGUAUGACCAAGUUAUAGAGUGGUUCGGAUCAAGGAGAUCAGUGUAUAACCAGCCAGUCCAUGUUGUGAAUAUGGAUAUUCAAGACAACCAUGAAGAAGCAACCAUCGGUGCAUUUUUGAUAAGUGACAUGGUCACUAAGAUGGCUCAAAGUGAUGAUUUAGAUAAUGAUAUUGAUGAACUAUUACAUGAGUUUGAAGGAAAAUGUCAACGGCCAAUUCUUAAUUGUAUAAUGUUCUAUUGAGAUAUGUUGAAACAGAUAUUAGCCAAAAACAAAACAAUGCUUCCAAUAUCUGAAUAUUUGACUAAAAAUGUGACUGUAAUCUUAUUCAUAAAAUGACAUUCACUCUGCCUCAGGAAUGUAUGCCUUGUAUCAUUUAAUAUUAUUAAAAUAACAAUGUCAUGGUAUUAAUAAGAAUAAUUAAUUGUAUGUUUUUUAUGAAUAAGAUCUUUUAUUACUUUUCCCAACAACUUUAGUAAGAUUUUCAGCUAAUAUUGUUUACAAUUUUAUGCCAGACUGAUCUUAAAUACUGAUGCUCUCAUUGACUAUAUUUAUAUACAUUUAGUAUAGAGAACUGAAUACAAUUUUGAGUUUCAAGACUAAUGUUCAUAAUGAAUUUAUUGUGUACAUACAUAAAGACAAGUGUUUUGUUUCUCUUUAA